GUACUGGGCCAACUUGAAGCUCUGGUUUAAGCAGAAGAUCAGUAAGGAGGAGUUUGACCUGGAAGCACGCAGGCUUCUCACGCAAGACAAUGUCCACUCUCACAACGAUUUCCUCCUGGCUAUUCUUACCCGAUGCCAGAUCUUGGUUUCUGCACCAGAAGGCGCUGGAUCUCUGCCCUGGCCGGGUGGCUCUGCAACUAAACCUGGGAAGCCCAAAGGAAAGAAGAAGAUUUCUUCAGUGCGACAGAAGUUUGAUCACCGGUUCCAGCCUCAGAAUCCGUUGUCUGGAGCCCAGCAGUUUGUGGCAAAGGAUCCUCAGGAGGAUGACGAUUUGAAGCUGUGUUCUCAUACCAUGAUGCUUCCUACACGGGGCCAGUUAGAAGGAAGGAUGAUUGUAACCGCGUACGAGCACGGGCUGGACAACGUCACGGAGGAGGCAGUGACCGCCGUUGUUUACGCCGUGGAGAACCAUCUGAAGGAUAUCCUGACCUCUGUGAUAUCCAGGCGGAAAGCCUAUCGGCUGAGAGAUGGCCAUUUCAAGUACGCCUUCGGCAGCAACGUUAACCCUCAGCCGUAUCUGAAGAACAGUGUUGUUGCUUAUAACAACUUAAUUGAGUGCCCCCCAACCUGUGCGACACCUUCUGCUGGUCAGAGCCUGGCUCCGCAGCCCCCGCCUGAUGAUGCUGAGCAGCAGGCCGCUCUACUCCUGGCAUGUUCCGGAGACACCUUCCCAGCAUCCCUCCCGCCAGUGAACAUGUAUGACCUUUUUGAGGCAUUACAAGUGCACAAAGAAGUUAUUCCAGCGCACACCGUCUACGCUCUAAACAUUGAGAGAAUUAUCAUGAAGCUCUGGCAUCCGAACCAUGAGGAGCUACAGCAGGAUAAAAUCCAUCGCCAGCGCCUGGCAGCAAAGGAGGGCCUUCUGCUCUGCUAGGUGGCCAUGUCCGGCCUCAGCCAGCUACAGUGCUGCUCCUUGGACUUUGGCGUUCAGACGCUUCUUACAAACCUGUGGCAGCGUUCCAAGGAUGACGUAAGUUAUGAGUCAACUUUUCCUAUGGAAAUACGACCGAGUUGCGGUACGCUUUCUCUGCUUCCCCAGAGACUUGUGCCAUGGAGUGCUUGCACCAAUCCCACUGACUUGGCAAGGAGAAACAAGAGAUUUGUUUGCAAGGACUGUUUUUUUUAGGAAAAAUAAAUGUGAGGGUGGAAAGAGUUGGUUUUAAA